CAUUUGACGGCCAUGAGACUGCGCAGUGGCAUCAUGGGGAGUUAACGUUGAGGAGUGACAGUCAAACCGUCAGUUUUUAUAUAUAUAUUGUGAUUUCCUGAUAUUCAGCUGCGCCAUAGUCAGUCGUUUUAGAAGUAUUUGUUUUCGAGAGCCAUGCGACGGAGUAAGGCUGAAGUGGACCGUUACGUUUCCUCAGUACAGACUUCCUCUCCCUCACUCAAAGAGAAGCCAGUCAAAGGGUUUUUAUUCGCUAAAUUGUACUUUGAAGCGAAAGAAUAUGAACUUGCAAAGAGACAUGUAUCAGAGUAUCUCAAAGUCCAGGAGAGGGAUCCCAAAGCACACAAAUUCCUUGGCCAGCUCUUUGAGAGAGAGGGAGACAUCAACAAGGCAGUAGGAUGUUACAAGCGGUCAGUGGACUUGAACCCAGCCCAGAGGGACCUGGUGCUGAAGGUGGCUGAGCUGCUGGUCAGUAAAGAGGAAUGUGACAGCAGAGCCGAGUUUUGGGUGGACAAAGCUGCCAAGCUGCUGCCAGGAAACCCUGCAGUCUUCAAUCUGAAAGAAUGUUUGUUGAGUCGUCAGGGUCAGCAGGGAUGGAACCGGUUGUUCGACCUCCUCCAGGCUGAGCUGGCAGCGAGGCCAGCUGACGCUCAUGUGAACAUGAAGUUGGUUCAGCUGUUCUGUCAGGACGGACGGCUGGAUGAAGCCGUUAAGCACUGCCUGGCUGUUGAGAAGAGAGGCCUGCUGAGCCGCAGUCUGGACUGGUACAAAGUGGUGCUGCGCACACUGCAGGAGUAUCUAGCUCAGCCCAGCGUCUCCAGUAAUGAGAAGCAGUGUCGACUUCUGCAGAGGGAGCUGCUAUUGGCCCACUGCAGCCUGCUGAGAAUCACACUGUCUGACAGCAGCGUGCAGCCCAGCCUGGAUGCCCUUAGGGGUUUUGAUGAAGCUAUGCAGUUGCUGAGCGGCGUUGCUGGCCGCCACACAGAUGAUCUUUGUGAGAUGUUUGUAGAGAUGAGAGGUCAUCUUUAUCUACAUGCUGCCACACUGCUGUUGAAGCUGGCUCAGGAUCGCCAACAGACGUGGAGGGCCGUCAUUGACCUGGCUGCACUGUGCUACCUGCUGGCAUACCAGGUCCCCAGACCAAAGGCUAAAGUGACCAAAAGAGACCAGGCAGCCCCACAGCUUCUGGAGCAACUGGCCAACGACAGACAGAGUCAGGCCGGCCACAUGUUGCUGAACCUGAGCACUGAUUCAUCCACCUUGAUCAGAGAGGUGGUGGAGGCGUUUGGGAACCGUAGCGGUCAAGACUCUCUGUUUGAGCUCCUGUUUGGACCACAGGCCUCCACUGGAUCGUCCUUUAUUGCCAAUGAUGACAUCCAUUCCAUUAACACCUCAGCUCCAGAACUCUCUCAACUGGCCAAAUGGGACGCAGGCUCCAUCCUGCUGCACGGUGGUGACCUGCAACAUCUGAGCUGGCUGGGCCUACAGUGGACCCUCCGGGCUCAGCGAGCGGCCCUGCGGGACUGGCUGCAGCAGCUUUUCCCUAGGCUUACUCUGGAAACUUCCAAACUGGACACAAAUGCACCAGAGUCCAUCUGCCUGCUGGACCUGGAGGUGUUUUUACAAGGUGUGGUAUUCUGUAGCCACUGCCAACUCCAGGAGACGGCGAAGAUUAGCAGUGGAGUGAACCAGAAGCAACAGCAGCUCUAUGAGCCUCUCUGCCUCCCGCUUCCUCUCCUUCGCCUCUUGACAACCGUCAGACAGAGGGAGUGGUGGGAUGCCAUCUACAGCCUCAUUCACAAACAGGCAGCACCUGGUAUGUCAGCCAAGCUACGGAUGAUUGUGCAGCAUGGACUCAACACUCUGAGGGCUGGAGAGAAAAAUGGGCUCCAACCAGCUUUGGCCAUCCACUGGGCUCAGUGUCUCAGCCAGACGGGAGAUGGAGUGAACUCUUACUACGACCAGAAGGAGUACAUCGGCCGCAGUGUCCACUACUGGAAAGUUGUACUUCCACUAUUGGAAAGGAUCAAAAACAGACGCAGUAUACCAGAACCGCUUGACCCCCUCUUCAUACACUUCCCCUCCAAAGACAUUCAGAUUUCUUCUGUUAGGGGCUAUGAAGAAGAAGCUAAGAUAGCAUAUGCAGCUCUCCUCAACAUAGAAGGCAAGACGGAGGAGGCCAUCGCUACCUUGGAAACUAUCAACAACAUGUCAUCCAUUUGGCAUUUGGCAAAGAUCUACCAGCGGUUAUCUGAGGAGGCGACCAACGGGGUUGAGGAGACCCAAGACAGAUGCAUCACUUUUCUCAGAAAGUUCAGGACAUAUUUGUCAAAGAUCUAUAGCGCUAACGCCGAUGACAUUGACAAACUGCCUGUUUCCAUGGAGGAUAUUGUGGAUCUCUUGAACGAUGUGAACCAGCAGCUGGGAGAGAGUGGGGAGGCCAUGGAUGAAGAAGAGAAGGAGGAGGAAGUUCGGCUAGGACCCACUCACUCCAGCCCUGCUCAUCCCACAGAAACAUCUGCCAACAUAUCCCACAUUAAGUUCUCCACUCCAUCUCCAAACAAAAGCAUCUCUCCUUCAAAAAGACACUUGAUGUCUUCCAAGACGCCACCUCAUUGGGUGGAGGACCAGAAAAGUCUCCUACAGAUGUUGUGUCAGCAAGUUGAAGCUCUCAAGAAUGAGGUCCAUGAUCUGAGACACAACUCUUCAGGAAACGCAGGCUCACCUCAUCACAAGAUGUAUGGGGAGAGCUAUGGGGCCGAGGGCCUGCAGGAGCCUUUUACGCCGGUCCAGUCCUACCAUGGGGCCCCGCUAACAGUUGCCACCACAGGCCCGUCUGUGUACUAUAACCAGUCUCCAGCUUAUAACUCUCAGUAUCUCCUGCGCACGGCAGCAAAUGUAACCCCCACCAAGGGCCCAAUGUAUGGUAUGAACCGUAUGCCACCUCAGCCACAUAUGUACGCCUACCAGCCGCCCACUCAUACUCCUCCAUUGCAGACAGCCCCGCCCUGCAUUUACCCACCCCAAGAACCAGUCUUCGGUGCCCCUCUUCGAUUUGAGUCACCAGCCACGAGCCUUCUUUCCCCAUAUAGUGAGGAAUAUUAUGGCCAGGGUGUAACCCAACAAACAACAAACCCUCCCCUGCCUGAACCUGGCUACUUCACCAAGCCGUCUGUAGUCCCUGUUCAGCCUCCAAAGGGCAUUGAGGGGAAGCCUAUGGACUUUGGGAAGCUCUCUUUCAGCCAGCAGGCCCCUGCUGAAGUCCCAAAAGUGCCUAGUUUUGGAGCGCCAGCAGUCGCCCAGUCAACACCCUCAGCUGCUUUUAAAUUCAACUCAAACUUUAAAUCCAACGAUGGAGAUUUUACUUUCCCAGCGUCACAGGCCAAGCACAGUGAAAGUCUGCUUGGUCUUCUUACAUCAGACAUUCCCACUAAAACAGACCCUGUUCUAGAGAAGUCUCCAGCCAAGGAGCAACUUCCCAACCAAGCAGGAAUCUUCACCUUUGGCACUAAAAGUGCCACUCCCUUCUCUUUUGUUGAUUCCACACAGAGCACCGGCACUGGAGGUCUGUUUGGAAAGGUGGAGCAGCCAUUUAAAUUUGGUGAUGUUACAAAGCCAGUGUUUGGGCUUGGCAAGACUGUAGCAGAAGAGGAAAGGGCAGUGGAGAGCGAUAAUGACAGCACUCAUGUUGAGGAAGAUGAGGAUGGUCCACACUUUGAACCCAUUGUACCUCUACCUGAUAAAGUAGAUGUGAGAACAGGUGAGGAGGAGGAAGAGGAAAUCUUUUGCAACAGGGCAAAGCUGUAUAGAUUCGACACAGAGACAAAAGAAUGGAAGGAGCGGGGAAUUGGAAAUGUUAAAAUCCUAAAACACAACACUAAAGGGAAGGUCCGCCUCCUAAUGAGAAGGGAACAGGUCCUUAAGAUCUGUGCAAACCACUACAUCACUGCUGACAUGCUACUGAAACCGAAUGCUGGCUCUGACAAAUCCUGGGUCUGGAAUGCCAUUGAUUAUGCGGAUGAAGAGCCUAAGCCUGAACAGCUGGCCAUCCGCUUCAAAACAGUUGAUGAGGCAUCACUUUUCAAAGCCAAGUUUGAGGAAGCCCAGAAAAUUGUGCUCAAAUCACCAGAAAGGCAUGAUCAACCAGAGGAGAAAGAGGAUUCCCCAAAUGUUUCUGAAUCACUCGCAGCCCAGUUCGCUCCCAAAGAAGGAGAAUGGGACUGUGCUGUUUGCUGUGUAAGAAAUAAACCCACAGAUGUGCGAUGUGCUGCUUGUCAAACUGCAAAUCCCAAUGCCUCAUCCAAGCCUGACAUUCAGCCUGUUGUUGAAACCAAAGCAAGUCCCUUUACUUUCAAAUUUGGCAUUGAUUCAUCCAAACCAAGUAGCUCUGGUUCUCCAUUUACUGGAUUUGGUGCUUUUGGAGCUUCAAUACCCUCCUCAUUCACAUUUGGCACCUCAAAACCAGCUGACCCUGUAACCAGUGCGUUUGGUGGUGGCUUUGGGUCUCAGUUUGGCAAGAAGCCAGGGCAGUGGGACUGUGAGACAUGUUCUACAAGAAAUGAGGCCAGUGCUGACAGUUGUGUUUCUUGUAAUGCUCUCAAAGCCUCUCCUAAAACGACUGCAGUGUCACCAAAUGUCGCUGUAGUGCAGCCCUCAAUAUCUGCUGUUGGCUCAGGGUUUGGCACCCAGUUUAUGAAGCAGCCCGGGCAGUGGGACUGUGAUGUAUGUGAAGUAAGAAAUGAGGCCUCUUCCAACAGAUGUGUCGCCUGUCAAACCCCCAACCCUGCUGCUAAAUCAACAGAGGGGGCUGCAGUAGCAUCAAAUCUGCCAGCAGUGUCAGAUUUUGGGGCUGAUUUUGUAAAAAAGGACGGGAUGUGGGACUGCAACAACUGCCUGGUCAGAAAUGAUGCAUCAGCUGUUGAAUGCAUUUCCUGCCAUACCCCACAUGAACCUUCCUCUUUAGAAGCCAUGUUUGGCAAGAAGGAUGGAGAAUGGGAUUGUGACGCUUGUCUGGUGAGAAAUAAUGGCUCUGCCAGUAAGUGUGUGGCCUGUAUGACACCAAAUCCGAAUGCUAAAAGCACUGCCAGUGCUGCUCCUUCAGCCUCCACCUUCAGUUUUACCUUUGGCACCAAGAGUUCAUCAAGCCAGCCUGCUGCAACUGGAUUUAAAAUGCCUUUUGACACUGGGAAAACCUUUCAGUUUGGUCAAAGCAAAGAUACAAGCUCUGCUUCUUCUUUUAAGUUUGAAGCACCUCCAUCUGGAUCAAGUACCACAAGUUCUUCUGCCUUCUCUUUCUCAAUGCCCACUCAAGCUGGUGGCUUCAAGUUUGGCUUUCAGGAACCCGCAAAAGAGACUUCCUCAACUGAUAAUGAACCUCCAUCAGGGUCAGCCUCCAGUUUUCUGAAAAGUAUAGCUGACAAACACAAGGAGAGUGAAAUUGUCUCUCUACCCUCAGUUGAACAAGCCCAGGAAGAUCAAAAUCCAUUAAUUGCUGGUAAAGGCAGUGAAUUCAGCUUUGCAGACUUGGCAAAAUCCACUGGGGGAGAUUUCCAGUUUGGCCAGAAAGAUCCCAAUUUCCAAGGUUUCUCUAGGGCUGGUGAACAGCUGUUCACAUCAUUACAGGCAACCCCCACAAAGACCGAUGCCUCAAAUGAGAUAGAGGACGAUGGCAUGUAUAAAACGGAAGAAAAUGAUGACAUCCAGUUUGAACCAGUGGUCCAGAUGCCUGAUAAGGUGGACCUGGUGACGGGGGAGGAGGAUGAACAAGUUCUUUAUUCUCAGCGUGUGAAACUGUUCAGAUUCGACUCCUGCAGCAGUCAGUGGAAAGAGCGUGGCGUAGGAGUCCUUAAAUUUCUGAAGAAUAACUGUAAUGGCAGGCUGAGGGUGCUGAUGAGACGAGAGCAAGUUCUAAAGGUGUGUGCCAACCACUGGAUCACCACCACCAUGAAUCUGAAGCCCCUGGCAGGCUCGGACAAAGCAUGGAUUUGGAUGGCCAAUGACUUUUCCGAUGGAGAUGCUAAACUUGAACAGCUGGCUGCAAAGUUCAAAACUGCAGAGCUCGCUGAGGAGUUUAAGGAGAAGUUUGAAGAGUGUCAAAGACUUCUCCUGGACAUCCCCCUACAAACCCCCCACAAGCUUGUUGACACAGGAAGAACAGCACACCUCAUUCAGAAAGCAGAGGAAAUGAAGUCUGGUUUGAAAGACCUUAAAUUCUUUUUAACAGAUGAGAAAACAAAGAUCAAAGAUGACGACAACCAGGGAGACAUCACGGCAUCCAGCAAUGUUUCAGGCCUUGCAGUCAAGCCUCUUGGUGAAACAACUGGCCCCACCUUGGAGUGGGAUAACUACGACCUCAGAGAAGAGGCUUUAGAUGAUACCGCUGACUCCUCAGUCUAUGCCUCUCCCAUUGCCAGCAGCCCCCUGCGAAAGAACCUUUUCCGUUUUGGAGAGUCCACUGGUGGGUUCAACUUCAGCUUCCAACCUGGCAUCAGUCCCUCCAAGUCUCCUGCUAAGCUGAACCAGAGCAGAGCCUCAGUGGGCACUGAUGACGAGCAGGAUGUAACCCAGGAUGAGGAGAGGGAUGGCCAGUACUUUGAACCUGUCGUGCCAUUGCCUGACCUGGUUGAGAUUUCUACCGGAGAGGAGAAUGAACAGGUGGUCUUCACUCACAGGGCCAAGCUGUACCGCUAUGAUAAGGAACUGGGCCAGUGGAAGGAAAGGGGUAUUGGAGACCUCAAGCUUUUGCAGAAUUACGACACCAAACGAGUGAGGUUGAUAAUGAGGAGAGACCAGGUGCUUAAGAUCUGUGCCAACCACUGGAUCUCAUCAGCCAUGAAGCUGGAGCCUAUGAAGGGUGCAGAGAAGGCCUGGGUCUGGAGCGCCUUGGACUUUGCUGAAGAAGGAGAGGGUAAUAUAGAGCAGCUGGCUGUGAGAUUCAAGCUGCAGGACACUGCAAACACAUUCAAACAGGUCUUUGAGGAGGCCAAGUUUGCACAUGAAAAACAGGAGCUCAUGAAUCCAGUGACAUCCAGGGUCGCUACACCUCAAGACGCCGGAGCAACAGGGUCUGCACAGACAGCUCCAACUGUAUGUGGGAAGGCAGCCAUCGCUGUCCUGGAAGAGACCACAAAGGAACGUACAGAGCUUUCCCCCGAUACUAAACCAUGUGCAGCUGGUUCUCCAGGUCCAGUCAACCCCUCAAAGACGGUGGUGUCUCCCCCUAAGUUUGUCUUUGGCUCUGAUAGCCUCCAGAGGUUUUUUGGCUCUCCUAAAUUUCAAUCUGAAGAGUCUGCAUCCAGUUCAAAAGCCAAAGAUUCUGGACUUCCUGCCAAGGCUUCACCUGCAGCACCAGCCUUCAAAAUUCCAGAGAAAGGGCUGGAUUUUAGGCUUUUCAAAGAUAACCCAAUGGCUUUUUGGACCAGCACAUCAACCACCCAAUUUGAACCCCCAGGGCCCCCUCAGGCAGGAGGAGGCAGUGCAGGGUCAGACGAGGACUCUGAGGUGGAGGUUGUGUAUGUCAGGGAACCCACUGCAGAACAGGCAGCUUUAGCCAGGAAACUCCUGCUGCCUCUCACCUUCUUCUGCUACCAGAAUGAACCAGGCUACACCAGCGAUGACCAAACUGACGACGAGGACUUUGAGUCGGCAGUAAGAGCCUUGAAUGGAAAGCUCUACGCGGAUCCUCCUGAGAGAAAAGCUGCAGCCUGUGGUGAAGAGCCAGACUGCCAGGUGGUGUGGGAAAAGAAGCCGACACCAGAGGAGGAGGAGAAGGCUAAAAGCCUCCAGCUUCCACCCACCUUCUUCUGCGGCCUGAGCACCACAGACAGCGACACAGACCACGACAAACCCGAAGACUUUGAGACGGAAGUCCGCAAGGCACAGCGAGACCUGGAUGCUGAGUUAAACCAAGCUGAAGAGGCCUCUAGCAGCCAUCCUGUAGCCCUUGAGAAGCCAUCGUCGACUCCAUCAUCCAGCAGCGUAGAAGCUGCAGACGUACCACCUGCAGCCGAGGAGCAGACCUCAGACCAGCCAACAGAGACUCAGACUGAGGCUCAGAGCAUCAGCUCUCCCAUUGACCUGUCCACUAAGAAGACCCCAGAGCCAGACUCCACCACUUGGACUGCAGCUGUAGCUCCUACAGCUACAACCACUGGUCAAGACUCCUCCGGCUUUGGCUUCAACACAUUGGGAGGCUUCUCUUUUGCUGACUUGGCCAAAAACACAGAUGGAUUUGCAUUUGGAACAAAUGACUCUAACUUCUCGUGGGCCAAUGCUGGAGCGACAGUAUUCGGGACGCCGGCGCCAGCUCCAAAAAACAAUGGCGAUGAGGACGGCAUUGAUGAAGAGGACGCCGCAAACAAUGUGGACAUUCACUUUGAGCCAAUAGUGUCACUACCAGAGGUGGAAACAAAGUCCGGAGAGGAGGAUGAAGAAAUCCUGUUCAAGGAGCGUGCCAAGCUGUACCGAUGGGACCGUGACCUGAGCCAGUGGAAGGAGCGAGGCAUCGGCGACAUCAAGAUCAUGUUCCACCCAACCAAACAUUUCUACCGAAUCCUGAUGAGAAGAGAGCAGGUGCUGAGAGUCUGUGCCAAUCACACGAUCUCACAGGCGAUGGAACUCAAACCCAUGGAUGUGUCGCCUAAUGCGCUGAUCUGGACGGCCACCGACUACUCAGAUGGCGAAGGUGUAGUGGAGCAACUGGCGGCCAAAUUCAAAACGGCUGAGAUCACUGAAGCCUUCAAGAAGACGUUCUGUGGGUGUCAGAGUCGCAUGGGCAAAAGUGAUGGCGAUUCAUCGCUUGCAUCCUCGCCACAAAUGUCAAGAGUUCAAGAGCACUCCAGAGACACUAACCCCCGGGUGUUCCUAAAAGUGACAGCCGACGGGGAAACGCUGGGCACCAUCACCAUCGAGCUUUUCUCCCAUAUCGUCCCCAAGACCGCGGAAAACUUCAGGGCUCUCUGUACCGGCGAGAAAGGCUUCGGACUGCAGAACUCCAUCUUCCACAGGGUCAUACCAUCAUUCAUGUGCCAGGGCGGUGACAUCACCAACAGUGACGGCACAGGAGGCAAGUCGAUCUACGGCAACAAGUUUGAGGAUGAGAACUUUGAUGUUCGGCACACGGGACCGGGCAUCCUGUCAAUGGCCAACCGCGGGCGCGACACCAACAACUCGCAGUUCUUUAUCACCCUGAAGAAAGCCGAACACCUGGACUUCAAACACGUGGCUUUCGGCUGGGUUCAGGAUGGCAUGGAUGUGGUUUUACGGAUGGGAGAGCUGGGCACAAAGGCAGGCCCGCCUACGAAGAAGCUCGUCAUCACAGACUGUGGACAGCUCUAGCUUUUUAAAUGUUAAGAUCAAGAUCCACAGUUUAGUUUAGGCUGUAAAGUGUAAUGACUUUGGGUAAUGCGUUCCCUGUGCAGUGUAAACCCUGAAUCCAUAGUCACAUAAGGCAUCUGAGAGUCACACUCUGAUCACAGGACUAUUGAUCAAUACCACUCCUCAUAGAAAACCUGGCUUCAGUAAUCCGGGAUUAGAAGUUAUUUUGCUGUUUUUACAACACAGUCACAACUGGGAAGCGUGGUGUAGAAUGUGGGAGGAGGCACACGUGGUUGCACUUGGAUCUUUAUCCUCAUCUGUCAAUAAAUUCUCCUAAUUUGUUUAUUUUGUGUGUAUAAUUGUACAUGAACUACUUUUUUAAUGUCAAUGUUCAAUGUUUGUUCUUUUGUUCUUGCAUGUGUUCAGUUUGAAUGUGCUGUCCCUCUUCAUAAGCUCCACUCGGGUAUUUUUCCGCCUUUUUUGAUUUUUUGUUUUUGUCUUUUUUUUUUUUUUUUUUUGAAGAAGUCUUAACUAUAAUUGAAAGAUUAUUAAUUGAACCGCACCUAUUGGUUUAUAACUGCGCCUCUGCCUUUCCUCCAAAAGCCGCCUCUGUACUUUUCACUGCAGGACUCCUCUAGUGAUUUUUCUUUGUGUUAAUGGAUUUCACAAUGUGCAGAUAAUUGGCUUUCCUACUCAAACACAUAAGAAUUGAGUCAUCUCACCGUGGACGGAGGGUGGCUCGAUGAUGACGACACACCUGGUUUGGAUUUUGCAAAACGUCCGAUUAUAGCUUGAGAUUAUCACCGAGUUGAAAUGGUGCUUAUUGUACCAAAAUUAAAUGCUGAUGAAAGAGAAAUAAAGUUGCUUUACAAGUAA